AUGGGGCUGACAAGCAAUUUGUGGAAGAGCUCAUCUCUUUUGAGCACCGAGAGCGACGAAAUUCAUUACAGCGAGCAAGAUGAUCAGGACUUCGCUUCUGACAUCUACAUCCUGGCGGAAAGCACCACGGACGAGCUCCUGAAUUCCUGGAAGGUCUUCACCGCGCUGAAGGAUGAGAGCUACCAGGGCAGGCGGCUGGAGAAUGCAGCCUGGCGCCUGCAUGCCAUGCAGAAGCUGGGCAAAAGCCCCAGCAAGGAGGCGGAGUCUCGCAUCACCGGGCGUGAGGCGAACAGCGGUUCGACCGAGUCUCUUGUCAAGGUGACUGGCGAGGAGCAUCCGCCCAUCAUGCAGGCAACCUGGAGUGCAGAACAGCUGCUUGGGGCCUGCUUGAAGCACAAGCUCUCCAAUGAAACGAUGGAAGAUGUGCUGCAGAUCCUGCACAGCAGAAAGUUUGACUCUGCCGACGUUCCCCGCACCUCCUCUGAGCUGAGAGCCCUUCCUCAUGGCCAGUAUCGGCCAGUCUGCGCCAUUUUCACUCACAGUCUUGAAAGGAAUGGUGCGAACAAUUUCUGCCUCUACAUCGCAAGGGUCCUGAAGCAAAGUCAGCCUUUGACAAUCUUCUCCCCAAAGGCUGGCCCCAUGAAGGAAGACUUCGAGAAGUUGGGCCUGCAGGUGAGCAUCGUCGACACCACCUCCCCAACCUUUCUGUCCGACCUUGCCAUCUCCUUGAAAGAGCUGAAAGUGGGCAUGCUACUUGCGAACACCAUCAUGCGCUGUGACAUCAUCCUCAUGGCGGCAGAUCUUCAGCUUCCCUCCGUCUGGGUGAUUCACGAGUCCUGGCCACAAGAUCAGCUGGACCAUUAUGCGAAGGAGGUGUUUAUGUGCAAGGACAUCGACUCGAAGGUCAUCCGCCAGGCAUUUAAGGCAGCAGGGACGAUUAUCUUUCCAUCGGACAUGCAACGCCACCUCUACGACGGCAUGUUCCAGCCCGAUGCUGGAAGGACUAUCUACAACGGCAUCCCUCUGCAGCAGCUGGACCACUUCAAGCAAAGCAGAAACAGGCGAGAAGUGCGAGCAGCGCUGGGUUACACAGACGAGGACUUCCUGGUGCUGCACCUGGGCACGGUCUGCAGCAGGAAGGGGCAAAUGUUCUCGGCGACGGCAUGCUCCAGACUCAUCAAAGAGGAUGGGUGCGCAAAUCUCAAGCAACUGAUCGUUGGCGCUCGGUACAUCAGGGAUCAUGAGAUUCGGUACAUCGACCAGAUCUUUCAGGUCGCGGCCGCACAUGGUGUCUCCUGCAGGCGGUGGGAGGAGCUGGCAGAAGAGGAGCGUGGACAGCCUCAGAUCACCGUCAUGGACAUCCAAGCAGCCGUCUUGCAGUUCUACAUGGCUGCAGAUGUCGUUUUGGUCCCAUCCUUGAACGAGGUCUUGCCACUGGUCAUCUGUGAAGCCAUGGCUUUCGAACGACCAGUGGUAUGCAGCCGAAUUGAUGCAAUCCCAGAGGCUGUGACCGACGGAGUUGAGGGCUACCUGGUGCCCCCUGGAAGCCCUGAUGCCAUCCGAGCAGCUGUGCUGAAGCUGUACCGGGACCCGGCCCUAUGCCAGAGGAUGGGUGCAGCAGGCAGGGCUCGUGUCUUGAAGCAAUUCAGCUACAGCCGAAUGGGUGAGCACUACCGAGAGUUGCUGGACACCGUGACUACACAACCAGCCAUGCCAGCCACUCUGAAGGCACCGUCCUUAGGCGAGAUGCUCAAGGGCCGCACAGUACUAGUCGACAUGGACAACACCAUCGUCGAUUGGGAUGCGGAGUUUAUCCGUCGCUACGCUUCUGGCCGUGACCUCCCGGAGGUAGAGAAGAUCGUGCGCAACCGGGCGAAGUUUGAAAUCGAGGAGAACUUCCCCGAGUCGGCGCGUGCAGAGGUCCUUGAGACGGUGGCUUCGCCGGGCUUCUACGAGAGCUUGCAGCCGCUGCCUGGUGCCGUCGAGGCUUUGCAGGCACUCGUAGCCGAGGGCGUAGAUGUGAAGCUCGUCACAGCUCCGCACCCGACCUGUCCUGGGACUUGUGCGAUGGAGAAAUACACGUCAGUUGAGCGCAUGUUGGGAGCUUCCUUCCAGGAACGUUUGAUCAUCACAAGGGACAAGACCCAGGUGCAGGGAGACAUCCUCAUUGAUGACAAGCCACAUAUCUCGGGCAGCAAGCCGCGCCCUUGGAAGCACGUCAUCUUCAGCCAGUCCUACAACCAAGACGUUCAGGGCAAGGACCGCCUUUCGUCUUGGACUUCCUGGCGGGACGUGCUUCCCGGGGCUUUCUGA